UCUUUUGAUUAUGAUAAAAAAGGGUAGCCAAGAAAAGACUUGAAAUCUAUGUAUUGUCCUGGUUCUACUGAGUGGUCCAGGUCUGGCUCUAUGGCGUUCAAGUGCUUCUUGCUUGGCUUCGUUCUGUUGUGUAGCCUGUGGACUGUUGGUUUCUGUAACCAAGAUGACACAGGUUUCGGUUUCUUGAGCUUAUCUUGUGGUGGAACUACGGGUUACGUUGAUGCAUCCAACAUCUCCUGGGUCUCAGAUGGUGCAUACAUUAGCUCAGGCAAAACAACAAGCAUUGAUUACAUUGAGGGCACAUCCUCCUCCAAUUCCCCACUGAGGUUUUUCCCAGAUGACAAAAGUCCAAAGUGUUAUAAACUACCAGUGAAGAAGAACGUGUCAUCCAGCAUGGUUCUAGUUAGAGCUCGAUUUGUGUACAAGAAUUAUGACAGACUUGGAAAACCUCCGGUCUUUUCUGUUUCUCUUGGCACUGCCAUCACCAGUACUGUAAACCUCACUGGUAAUGAUCCAUGGAUAGAAGAGUUUGUCUGGCCAGUUAAUUAUAAAGAUACACUUUCCUUUUGUUUACAUUCUGUCCCACAUGGUGGAUCUCCUGUUAUUUCAUCACUUGAAGUUCGACCACUUCCUCGAGGAGCUUACCAUACUGGCAUGAGGGAUUUCCCAAAUAAGUCUCUCAGGAAGGCUUACCGCAUCAAUAGUGGUUAUAAUGAGUCCUUGCGGUACCCUUUGGAUCCUUAUGAUCGUAUCUGGGAUGCUGAUCAAAGCUACACGCCCUUUCAUGUGUCAUCUGGAUUCAAUUUUUUACUUGGCUUCAAUUUGUCAAGUGUCAUUGAGAGUCCUCCUCCUGCUGUUCUUCAGACUGCAAGAGUUCUUGCGCGAACAGAUGUCUUAACUUAUAACCUUCCUCUUGACGCACUCGGGGACUACUACAUUAUACUCUACUUUGCCGGAAUUGUUCCUGCCUCUCCAUCUUUUGAUGUCUUGGUUAAUGGAGAUGUAGUGCAGUCAAAUUAUCAUGUCAAAAUGUCAGAAGCCAGUGCUCUACACUUGACUCAAAAAGGAAUCGAGAACUUGAAUAUCACACUGAAAAGCAUCAGCUUCUAUCCACAAAUCAAUGCUAUUGAGGUGUAUGAGAUUGUUGAUAUUCCAUUAGAAUCAUCCUCAACUACAGUGUCAGCACUUCAGGUCAUUCAGCAGUCUACUGGCUUGGAUCUCGGGUGGGAGGAUGAUCCGUGCUCGCCGACAAUGUGGGAACAUAUUGGAUGCGAAGGAAGCAUAGUUACAUCACUGGAGCUUUCAGACAUAAAUCUGAGGUCAAUUAGUCCUACUUUUGGUGACUUGUUGGAUCUUAAAACACUGGAUUUGCACAACACGUCACUUGCUGGAGAGAUACAGAACUUAGGAAGCCUCCAGCAUCUUGAGAAGCUGAACCUGAGCUUCAAUCAGCUAACAUCUUUUGGAGCUGAAUUGGAGAACUUGGUUAGCCUUCAAAUUCUGGACCUGCAAAACAACAGCUUAGAUGGAAUAGUUCCUGAUGACCUGGGAGAGUUGGAGGACCUUCACCUAUUGAACCUGGAAAACAAUAAACUACAAGGUACCCUCCCGCAAUCUUUGAACAGAGAAAGUUUGGAAGUCAGGACAUCCGGGAAUCUGUGCCUUUCCUUCUCCACCUUGUCAUGCAAUGAUGUUUCCUCCAAUCCAUCUAUUGAGACUCCACAAGUUACUAUCUUUACCAAGAAAAAGCCUGACAAAAAUACUCACAUGGCAAUCAUGCUUGGUGCCAUUGGAGGAACCUUACUUGCUCUUAUUGUGAUUUCUCUUUCAGUAUUAUUGUACAUGAGGAGAGAAAGAACUGAAAUCACAUAUUCAGAAAGGGCAGUGGAUAUGCGAAAUUGGAAUGCUGCAAGAAUCUUUUCCUACAAAGAAAUAAAAGCAGCUACAAAUAACUUUAAGGAGGUUAUCGGUCGUGGCAGCUUCGGAUCUGUUUAUCUAGGAAAGCUAUCAGAUGGAAAACUGGUAGCAGUGAAAGUGCGAUUCGAUAAAAGUCAACUAGGAGCUGAUUCUUUUAUUAAUGAGGUGUAUCUUUUGUCACAAGUUCGUCAUCAGAAUCUUGUCUGUUUGGAAGGAUUUUGCCAUGAAUCAAAGCAGCAGAUACUAGUGUAUGAGUAUCUGCCUGGUGGCUCGUUGGCUGAUCAACUUUACGGACCAAACAGCCAAAAAGUUUCUUUAAGCUGGGUUCGUAGAUUGAAAAUUGCUGUUGAUGCUGCAAAAGGAUUGGACUAUUUGCACAAUGCAAGUGAUCCACGAAUCAUACACCGGGAUGUGAAGUGUAGCAAUAUUUUGUUGGACAAGGAGAUGAAUGCCAAGGUCUGUGACUUUGGCCUUUCUAAGCAAGUUAUGCAGGCAGAUGCUACCCAUGUGACCACUGUUGUCAAGGGCACUGCAGGCUAUCUUGAUCCCGAAUAUUAUUCUACCCAACAGCUUACAGAGAAAAGCGACGUCUACAGCUUCGGUGUUGUUCUUCUAGAACUCAUCUGUGGGCGAGAACCAUUGCGUCGCUCUGGAACUCCAGAUUCCUUCAAUUUGGUGUUAUGGGCGAAGCCCUACUUGCAGGCAGGAGCAUUUGAAAUAGUGGAUGAAAACUUAAAGGGAACUUUUGAUGUGGAAAGCAUGAGAAAGGCAGCUAUAGUAGCUGUAAGGUCUGUAGAGAGAGAUGCCUCGCAGAGGCCAACCAUUGCAGAGGUAUUGGCAGAGCUGAAAGAAGCCUACAGCAUCCAGCUCUCCUUCCUUGCGUCUUUUGACAUGUAAAUUGGUUUCUAGUUGAGGCAAUACAAUAUAUUUAUCAAAUCUAUCAAUGCUUGUGAUACGAUGAAGGUAAAUAGGUGCUUUUUGCAGAAUAUAGGUCCAUAUAUUAUUAAAAAGAGUUGCUGUGGAUGAUAUUUGAUUAAGUUGUUCAACAGAAGGUUUUUCUGGGAGAAUUCUUGUAUUAAUAAAUUUACCUGUAUCUAUGCAAUGUAUAGCAAGAAAUAGAUUCUCUCCUAUAUGGAAAACUUGCCAAGCUGAUUGCUCAA